AUGGUGAAUGUUGCACUGGUCGGUGGUACGGGUAUGGUGGGAUCCCACAUCCUCACUAGCCUGAUUUCCAACCCUGCAGUCACCCGCGUGGACACUAUCUCCCGCCGCACCCCGCCAGCCACUAGUGGCACGCCCCCAGCCAAACUUACCAACUUCGUCUCUAGCGAUACCGCCACCUGGGCCAGCCAGCUCUCCUCCCUCAACCCGACCCCCGGCAUCUUUUUUUCUGCCUUUGGAACCACAAAAGCAGCUGCGGGCGGGUUCGAUAACCAAUACAAGAUUGAGCAUGGGCUGAACGUCGAGCUGGCCAAGGCCGCGCACGAAGCUGGCACCAAGGUCUACGUGCUGAUUUCCUCUACCGGUGCCAACAAGGACUCCAGCAUUCCAUACCCUCGUAUGAAGGGUGAGAUUGAGGAGGACAUCAAGAAGCUUGGCUUUGAACGCAUGGUCAUCCUGCGCCCUGGGCUGAUUGCUGGCACUCGCGAGGAAAGCCGGCCGUUCGAGGCUGGGAUUCGAUUUAUUGCAAAUUGGGCUGGCAAGCUGCACUCCAGUCUGAAGGAUGGCUGGGCUCAGGAGGCGGAUGUCAUUGGCAGGGCUGCUGUCAAUGCUGGUCUCAAGGCGCUCGAAGGUGAUGUUCCUGAGGGCAGUGACAAAGUUUGGAUCUUAGCUGGUAGCGAUAUCAUCAAAUACGGCAAGGAAAGCUCGUCUUGA